AUGAGGCCAGCUAUUCUCCUUUCUGUGGCUACGGCGGCGCUCGCGGCUACGCCAGCACAAUGGCGGUCACAGUCUAUCUACUUUUUGCUUACAGACCGGUUUGCUCGAACCGACAAUUCGACUACUGCUGCAUGUGAUACUAGUGAUAGGGUGUAUUGCGGAGGAUCAUGGCAGGGCAUCAUCAACCAGCUCGACUACAUCCAAGGAAUGGGCUUCACCGCUAUCUGGAUCACUCCAGUGACGGGGCAGCUUCCUCAGGACACUGCGUAUGGAGAAGCCUACCACGGCUACUGGCAGCAGGAUGUAGAUGUCCUCAACUCGCACUAUGGAACAGCGGAUGACCUCAAGGCUCUCGCCGAUGCGUUGCACGAGCGACGUAUGUACCUGAUGGUUGAUGUAGUUGCCAACCAUAUGGGCUACGACGGUGCCGGUGACUCUGUUAAUUAUAGUGUUUUCAAACCAUUCAACUCCCAGGACCACUUUCAUCCGUUUUGCCUCAUUAAGGACUAUUCCAACCAGACCCAAGUGGAGGACUGCUGGCUGGGCGACAAUACAGUCUCCCUGCCUGAUCUCGACACCACCCAGACCGAUGUCCAAACCAUGUGGUACGAGUGGAUCAACUCACUCGUAUCAAACUACUCGGUUGACGGUCUGCGCAUCGACACCGUCAAACACGUCCAGAAGAGCUUCUGGCCCGGCUAUAACGACGCUGCCGGUGUCUACUGUGUUGGAGAGGUAUUUGACGGCGAUCCAGACUAUACCUGCCCUUACCAGGACUGUCUCGACGGGGUUCUCAACUAUCCAAUCUAUUACCCUCUUCUUGAUGCUUUCAAAUCCACUUCGGGUAGUAUCGGCGAUCUUUACAAUAUGAUCAACACGGUGAGGUCAACCUGCAAAGACUCCACUCUCCUAGGUAACUUUAUUGAGAACCACGAUAACCCGCGAUUCGCCUAUUACACGGAUGACAUGUCACAGGCCAAGAACGUGGCCGGUUUUGUCCUGCUCUCCGAUGGAAUUCCCAUCAUCUACGCGGGCCAGGAGCAGCAUUACAGCGGUGGCAACGACCCGGCCAAUCGAGAAGCUACUUGGCUUUCUGGGUAUUCUACCACGAGCGAAUUGUACACGUUCAUUGCCUCCACCAACGCAAUCCGGAGUCAUGCCAUUCGCAAAGAUGACAACUACCUCACAUAUAAGAACUACCCAAUCUACCAGGAUACUUCGACACUUGCCAUGCGCAAGGGCACGAACGGCUCGCAGGUUGUCACUGUCCUCUCGAAUCAGGGUGCCUCUGGCUCUUCGUAUACUCUCUCGCUCACGGGAGCCCAGUAUGACGCGGGGCUCGAGCUGGUGGAGAUCUAUACUUGCGCGUCGGUGACGGUUAGAUCAGACGGGACAGUACCUGUUCCAAUGAAGAGUGGAUUGCCACGGGUUUUGUACCCGAGAUCGCUACUCAGUGGCAGUAGUAUUUGCAGGUAG